AUGAUGAACCCGACGAUAUCAGCUCCUUCGUGGAAGGAUCGACAAAAAUCACAGUUUAGCAAGGUUCAACUUCCAACCAUGCCAUGGCGAUCAUUCAAACUCCUCAUGCCGCAUCGCAUGAGGCGAAGACUGCGUUCGAAGCUACGCAGUAGAAUAUCUCCCGCUACUUCGAUUGCGUCGCUACAGACUUCCUUCUCGCCCAAAGACACUCUUCGAUCUCUGCAGUCGUAUCGCUGGAGCGUCUACGACUUUCAAUACUUGCUUCUGGCUAUUAUUGGUAUAUUUUCGCUCUGUAUGAUUCAAUCGGCGGAUCCUUUCGGCAAGACAUUCGUAGCCUCGGCUCUCUUGUUGUCCUUACUUUUGCCGAUUACUAGGCAGUUCUUCCUCCCAUUUUUACCGAUCGCUGCCUGGUUGAUUUUCUUCUAUGCUUGCCAGUUUGUUCCCUCUGAAUAUCGCCCCGGUGUUUGGGUUCGCGUCCUACCGGCCUUGGAAAACAUCUUAUACGGCGCCAACAUCAGCAACAUCCUUUCCGCACACCAGAGCGUGGUGCUUGACGUGCUCGCGUGGAUUCCUUAUGGACUCUGCCACUACGGGGCACCAUUUGUGUGCUCGGCUAUCAUGUUUGUCUUUGGGCCGCCCGGAACAGUCCCGGUGUUUGCCAAAACAUUCGGCUACAUCAGUUUGACCGCCGUUUGCAUUCAACUUGUCUUCCCCUGCUCUCCUCCAUGGUACGAAAACACCUAUGGUCUGGCGCCCGCCGACUACUCAAUCAAAGGCGAUCCAGCUGGACUAGCUCGUAUCGAUGCUUUGCUCGGUAUUGAUCUCUAUACCUCCGGUUUCCACGCCUCGCCCGUCGUGUUUGGUGCUUUCCCGUCCCUUCACGCAGCUGAUUCCACGCUCGCUGCUCUCUUCAUGAGCCAUGUGUUCCCCAAGCUCAAGCCACUCUUCGUUACCUAUACUCUCUGGAUGUGGUGGGCCACCAUGUACUUGUCCCACCACUACGCCGUGGACCUCGUCUGCGGUGGUAUCUUGGCCGCCGUGGCUUUCUACUUUGCCAAGGCUCGAUUCCUGCCGCGAGUCCAGCCCGGCAAGCGGUUCCGCUGGGACUACGAUUACAUUGAGAGGGGCAGUGGAUCGGAUGAGGAGGGUUACGAUUUGGCUCCUUUCAAGCGCCAUAUGCAUGCCGACAGUGACGAAUGGACUGUUGGCUCUUCUUCGUCAAUAUCAUCUGGCUCUCUCUCACCCGUUGAGGAUCAACACCUGUGGGAAGGUGAAACUCUCGCCUCUAUUUCCGACAUUGAGUCCGGGCGCUAG